GUUGCUGACUUUUGCAAUGUGCUGACGGCUAAGCAAAUAAUUCCUGAUGAAAUGUGACCCAAAUGCAAGAUUAGAGAACGCCGAGAGGAACUUCACAUUUAUGCUGAGUAGGUGGUCCCGUGAGAAUAACUGUUGCUUUAUUUAGAACAACUCGGAUGUCUGCUGACUGGCUGACUGCACAGAUUCACUUCCUUUUCCCUCCUCCUGAGGAGGAUCAUCCGGUCUUCUUUCCCCAAAAUGUGCUGACGACGGGAGUCUUGACAGCGCUGCAGAAAGAUGACGUUAGGGGCCGGGAAGGCACGUUUGGACAGAGUUACCUUCACCGGCGUGCUCUUGUUCCUUGUUGGCUCUUCGCACGCCUUCAAAACGCAACUGUUCCGUAGACAUGGAGCCUCCUUUCACUCUCCUGACAUCCCCGUCAGCUAUGAAACUUUUUACCUUGACCAGAAGAUUGAUCAUUUUGGCUUCGUAGAAGACGGCACUUUCAAACAGCGCUACCUUGUGGCCGACAAACAGUGGCGCUCGCCGGGCGGACCCAUUUUGUUCUACACGGGCAACGAAGGUGACAUCACCUGGUUCUGCAACAACACCGGUUUCAUGUGGGAUGUUGCCGGGGAGCUGGGCGCCAUGUUGAUCUUUGCAGAACACCGCUACUACGGAGAGUCGAUGCCUUUUGGAGCCGAUUCUUACAGUGAUAGCAAACACCUCAACUACCUGACGGCAGAGCAGGCCUUGGCGGAUUUUGCCGUCCUGAUCCAACACGUGAAGGUCAGCAGAGCCGGAGCCCAGCGCAGCCCGGUCAUCGCCAUCGGGGGGUCCUACGGGGGGAUGCUGGCCGCCUGGUUCAGGAUGAAGUACCCCAAUGUCGUUGUCGGUGCUCUAGCAUCCUCUGCGCCAAUCUGGCAGUUCUCAGGUAUGGUGCCAUGCGGGGACUUCUUCAAGGUGGUCACGCGGGACUUUGCCAAAAGCGGACCCAACUGCGACGCAAACAUCCGCGCGUCCUGGAGGGCCAUCAAUAACCUCUCCGCCACUGCGUCAGGUCUGGAGUGGCUGUCCGAAGAGUUCAGCUUGUGUGCGCCGCUGAAGAGCGACAAGGACGUGUUGGCCUUCAAGAGUUGGCUCCAGGAGACGUGGGUGAACUUGGCCAUGGUGGACUACCCAUACAAGGCCGACUUUCUACAACCACUGCCCCGCUGGCCCAUUCAGGCCGCGUGCAAGUAUCUGGCCUUGGAUUCAUCCGCUUCCAUCAAGCAGCUCCUUCACGGCGUGUCCCAAGCGGCCAAGGUCUACUACAACUACACGGGAAGCUCCUCCUGCCUCAACACCUCCGAGACGGCCACCGGCAGCCUCGGAAUACUCGGCUGGGACUAUCAGGCCUGCACUGAAAUGGUGAUGCCCAUGUGCACCGACAGAGUCAUGGACAUGUUUGAGCCCGGCGAGUGGAACUUCCAGGCCUUCUCGGACGAGUGCCACGCCAUGUUCGGCGUCAGGCCGCGAGCCGACUGGGCGGGCGUGGUUUUCGGCGGGAAGGACAUCGCUUCGCACAGCAACAUCAUCUUCAGUAAUGGAGGCCUGGACCCCUGGUCGUCCGGCGGGGUGACGCACAAUUUGUCUGACUCCCUGGUGUCCAUCAUGAUUCCGGACGGCGCGCAUCACCUGGACCUGCGCUACGCCAACGAUCUGGACCCGCCUUCUGUAAGGGAGGCCCGCAUGUUGGAGCUGAGUUACUUUUGGAAGUGGAUCAAACAAGCCACUAAAAAGCACCAAAAGGCGUCAGAGUCCGGCUGAAACACUCCAAGAUGAUUUAUUUUUUCUGUUUUUGGAUCAAAUGCAUUUGAUGAUUUCUGUUGUGUUUUUUUACAAAUCUGACUAAAACUUUUAUGAAAUCAAAA